AUGAAGACAUUUUGUUUAGCGCUUGCUUUGGCCGUCAUCGUGCCCGCACUGCUGGCAGAUGUCACCCCCGAAUUUGUUGCCGUCGUAGCAUUGCUUACCCCGGCCACUGUUCCACCUCCAGUAGAUGUGUGUCAAUCGUGCGACGAGGAUUACAAAUGUAAACAUGGCACGUGCUGUUUACAAUCACGAUCAGGUUCCAGUUAUUCAGGCAUUUGCAAGCCUCUGGGGCAACGUGGAGAAGAGUGUUCGGUGGCUCCAACUGAGGGUGACAUCUAUUUCGGUCACUGUCCGUGCAGCCGAGGUCUGCGAUGUAAAAAGGAUAAGCGAAACAGAUAUAAAUGCGUGCGAGGAAACUGA